GCCACUCCUCCUUUGACUUCGCAUCCAAGACGUCCUUCUCUCAAUGCACGAAACAUCAAAGAACACUUUCAAAGUCUGACACCUGCUUACUUUAAAGAUACCAAGCCUUUUUCAUUUGCUUCACAAGAAAUUAAUGCCAGUUUGAUCGUUUCGCCAUCAUCUAGUCAUGUUCCUAGUACAACAGUAAAAACCAAAUCUCAGCAAAUGAGAAUAGCCAACUAUGUUCAAAAGCAACAGAAGAACAGAGUAGAUCAGUCGUCAGUGGAGAAAGAUUUGGAUAGUGUCCAAUUACUCAAGAAAGAAAUAGAUCAAGCUCAAGAUAAAAAGCUUAGUCAAUUAAUUUCACAUCAUCAGUGUAUAUGUGUCAUUGACCAAGUACUUUCUCUAGCUCGUUAUAAUAACAAGUAUUAUUUGCUUCAGUACCAAGUCUUGAGUGAAGAAUAUAUCUAUCAAUGUAUUGUCUUUGGUUUUUCAAGGUUUGGAAAGCUAGUUCUAUCUCCUCCUUUGUCUAUCACUGAAUACAUUCAACUUGGUUUUAUGGAAGAUGCAGACACGAGUAUUCUUUUAUCAGAAAAAGAAUUAUUACUUGACUAUUUCAGUACAGAUAUUGAACAAGACAAUGGACAGAUUUACUUGAAGAGUUUGCCUAUGAUCAUAAUGAAUUAUGUUCCCUCAUUCUUGAUCGAAAGAAUACCUUUAUUUGUAUUCAAUCUCAUCACACAGAUUGAUUGGCAAGAUGAAAUUAGUUGUUUGGAUGGCCUAGCCAAAUUAUUUGCCACAUUGUAUUACUGCACCACAAAAGAGGAUUGGGAACUACUCAUUCAAUGCAUGUAUAAAAACCAAGAAUUUAAAGCAAGCAAAUAUUUAGCAGAACAAGGUUACAUUGUAGAGUUGGACAUUCCAACUGAAAUGACUUUAUUUAAAUAA